CCCUUCUCCAUCCCUUCCCCAGCCUCCCCCUCCACCCGCCUUGACUCUGGUUGUGACUCUGGCUAUGACCCUGGCCACUCCCCAGAGGUGGCUGUAGGGCCAGGAGGAGAGAGAAGGGCUGUUUUCUCUCCCAGCAAAGAGAAGACCUAGGAGGGGAAGAAAGGUUUGGCCAGGCCUCCCCCAUUUGCUUCAGAUGGGGGGUAUGAUGCCUUUCCCCAGGCCCCGGGUGGGAUGGGAACUGCUCAGAUGCUGCUCCUCCAAAAACCAAUGUGGGAAGCCUUCUUAAAAAGACAUAUCAUACAAGUCUAGGGGGCCAAUGCGAAGGCCAACCAAGUGUUUUCAGAGGCUGGACUAAUCCAGUCCAAGGCAGGGGGUGGGGUGCAGAGACACUGGGCAGGAGGGAGGCAGGACCUGCUCUCUCAGGGAAGAAAGAAGGGGCUGGGGAUGUUUGCUAUCGGAGCAUUUUGCCUAGAAAUGAAGAGCAUGUAAAUGAGAUGCAAAUUAGCCUCUAUUGUCCCCAGCUAGGGCGCUUUCUCCGUGAAGGCUGCUGGAUUCUGAGGGUUUUAAUGUGGGAGUGGUCGUAAUGCCCCACAAACUCUCCUUGUCACCCUUUUCCCCAAGACUGGUCCUUCAGUUCCAGGAGUUUCCAGCUAGGGGCCAGCCCCUGCCCCUGCCCUCACAUCUUUGGGUUUGAAGCGGCCGGCACCUUUGUAAUCUAGCUCACUGUCAACACCCCGCCCCACCCCACCCCACAACACACCCACACCUUUCCAGGGCCGCACGUCCCUUUCCCUAGCCUCAGUAGACUUCUUCUAAAUUUUCACAUUUACUUCUAAGGGAUGUGGUAAGGAGGUCUAGCUAAGCCUCUUCCGUCCUGUCCCUUCUUUCAUCAGGUCACAGGUUUCCUAUCCCCCUCAACCCCCACAGGAGUCACGACCCCAGGUGAGGAAAGGGCAGCAGCUCCUGAAGGCAGAGGAUGGAAACUGGCCUGGUCUGGGAGCAGGAAGAGGGGUCUGGCUGUUCUCCCCACUUGCCAGAGGCCAAAGUUGUUUCCUGGGUGAAGAUACCAGUUGCCCAGGGCAACUUGGAGGGGGGGGGGAGCCGGAGGGGGAGGAUAGGAGACAGGCUGGGUCCCUUUCUCUUCCCCUGGGAGCACCAGCAUCCGGGGAUGGGGGUGGGGUGGUUAGGGAGGCUUGGCCUUUCAGCACCAGAGGGUCGUUAGCUAGCUGACUGCUCUGCCCCUGGGGAGGGGGUCAUCAUUAGAUGUUCCUACCCCUUCCCCUCCUCCAGCCCUCUUGGGACCCCAAUCUGACGUCAACCUCCCCACCACUGACGCUGGACUGGGGGUGGGGUACACUUGGGUCCUGGCUCCAAGAGUGGAUUUGGGGAAAUGGAAUGGGCUGGGCUUGGAAACCCAGGGUCUGUUCUUUAAGGGGACAUAGUGGGAUGAACAACUAAGGAUUGGUGAGGGAUAGCUGUCUAUUCACAGAAAGGAAGGAUUCUCACCCGACCUGGUUUCAGGAGCCACUCAGCCCCUCGCUUCAGUUUGAGGGGAGGGAGGGCAGGAAGCUAGAGUACACCUCCCACUACGGGGCCCAACCGGGGUCGGCUGGGGUGGGGUUGGCAGUGCCUGAUGAGUGGGAAGGGCAGUCUCACCACGCUUUCACCAUAUCCAUCUUUUCCUGGACUUUGGGCUACCGUUGCCUGUGCCUGUCGUUGAAUUAUUUAUAUUUCCAUUUUGAGGCAGCCUGAAGAGGGAAGGAAGGGAAAGAGGGACAUACGUGUUGAGCCAUUUCUCAUCACCAGUAUAGCCAGUUGCAUCCCUGGCUCCUCAAUAGCGUCUGCUCCUCCUCAUCAAGUACUUGCACUGGUUCUUGGGAGCCAGGGAGGGAGCAGGGGGUUGGAGAGGCUGGGAGGGGGCACAGUGGUCGGGCAGACAGCUGCAGCCAGAGCUAAGUUUAGCCUCUGAUCUGGCUUUGAUGCAGAUGCAUUUUUGGCUAAGGCAGCCCCCCACCCCACCCCGUACCCCUCCCUACCCAGCUUCUCCCUAGCAAAGAGAAGAGCCCUUGAGGCAUGAACUUAGACUAAGACAACGACCCCUAGGCUUCCUGCCCCCACUCUGUCCUUCCCCAACCCUAGAGAGGGGAUGGCUUCCUCGCAGCUGCCUCUGCCCAGGCACAGCGCCUAAAUGGCUCCCAGGGUGCCGUCCGGGUCUGUGAGGGAGGGUGAGGCAGACACGGUGCCCUCUUCCUCCUUCCAGUGCCAAGGAGUCACUAUUUAUAAUUUUAAGGCUUCAGUGUCUAAUUAUAACUGAGAAGGGGUUAGUAAGAGGGGGGCCGGGAGGUGUCACCUACCAAAUGUCCCAGGCCUGCUCAGAAGAAAGGAGAAGAGGCUGGGUGAGAAGGUUUGGAAGGGGAACAGGCGUGUCCUGUCCUUACCUGGGGUCAUGCCUGCAGGUCUCACGCCAGCCAGUUUGGGCCAGUUGGAGAGAGAAAGGCCUGGAGUGACAGCGACAGCUGGCUGGGACCGAGGCAGUGCCAGAGAAAGGGUCGAUUCCCCCGGCCCACAGGGUCCUCUGGGGUCAGACCAGGGGAGGAGCCCGCCUGGGCCAGGGAGGAAGGGAUCUGGCCCCUUCCCCCACUUUUAUCUGUCUCCUCUUUCAGGGCCGGCAUAUGGGUGAGGGGGCACCCCCUGGGGCCUGAGCUGCCCCGCACAGGAUGCCCCGUGCCCCCCACUUCAUGCCCUUGCUGCUCCUGCUGCUCUCACUUCCCCAUACCCGGGCUGCCUUCCCCCAGGACCCCCUCCCUCUGCUGACCUCUGACCUGCAAGGGACUUCCCCAUUAUCUUGGUUCCGGGGCCUGGAGGAUGAUGCUGUGGUUGCCGAACUUGGGCUGGACUUUCAGAGAUUCCUAACCUUGAACCGGACCUUGCUAGUGGCUGCCCGGGAUCACGUUUUCUCCUUCGAUCUUCAAGCCCAGGAGGCAGGGGAGGGGCUGGUGCCCAAUAAGUAUCUAACAUGGCGGAGCCAAGACAUGGAGAACUGUGCUGUGCGGGGAAAGCUGACGGACGAGUGCCACAACUAUAUUCGUGUUCUUGUUCCCUGGGACUCCCAGACACUCCUUGCCUGUGGAACGAACUCAUUCAGCCCCGUGUGCCGCAGCUAUGGGAUAACUUCGCUGCAGCAGGAGGGUGAAGAGCUGAGUGGGCAGGCUCGAUGCCCCUUUGAUGCCACCCAGUCCAAUGUGGCCAUCUUUGCAGAGGGCAGCCUAUACUCAGCCACAGCUGCGGAUUUCCAGGCCAGUGAUGCUGUGGUUUACAGAAGCCUUGGGCCUCAGCCCCCACUCCGCUCGGCCAAGUACGACUCCAAGUGGCUCAGAGAGCCACACUUCGUCCAUGCCUUGGAGCACGGAGACCAUGUCUACUUCUUCUUCCGAGAGGUCUCUGUGGAGGAUGCUCGGCUGGGAAGGGUGCAGUUCUCCAGGGUGGCCCGAGUAUGUAAACGUGACAUGGGCGGCUCACCUCGGGCCUUGGACCGCCACUGGACAUCCUUCCUGAAGCUGCGGCUCAACUGCUCUGUUCCUGGAGAUUCUACCUUCUAUUUUGACGUCUUACAGGCCUUAACUGGGCCUGUGAACUUGUAUGGUCGCUCUGCUCUCUUUGGGGUCUUCACCACACAGACCAACAGCAUCCCUGGCUCUGCAGUCUGUGCCUUCUACCUGGAUGAUAUCGAGCAUGCGUUUGAGGGCAAGUUCAAGGAGCAGAGGAGUCUGGAUGGGGCCUGGACACCCGUAUCUGAAGACAGGGUUCCCUCCCCCAGGCCAGGAUCCUGUGCAGGAGUAGGUGUGGCUGCCUUGUUCCCCUCUUCCAGAGAUCUCCCUGACGAUGUCCUGACCUUUAUCAAGGCUCACCCACUGCUGGACCCGGCCGUGCCACCUGCUACCCAUCAGCCUCUGCUCACCCUCACCAGCAGGGCUCUACUGACCCAGUUAGCUGUGGAUGGUAGGGCUGGUCCCUACGGUAACACCACAGUCCUGUUCCUGGGCUCCGAAGAUGGGACAGUGCUGAAGGUACUGCCCCCAGGGGGGCCAUCAGGGGGCCCUGAGCCCAUCCUGUUGGAAGAAAUCAAUGCCUACAGCCCUGCCAGGUGUAGUGGGAAGCGGGCGGCCCAAACAGCACGGCGGGUCAUAGGGCUGGAGCUGGACACUGAAGGUCACAGGCUCUUUGUGGCUUUUUCUGGCUGCAUCAUCUACCUCCCUCUCAGUCGGUGUGCCCGGCACGGGGCCUGUCAGAGGAGCUGUCUGGCUUCUCAGGACCCAUACUGUGGAUGGCACAGCUCCAGAGGCUGUGUGGAUAUCAGGGGACCCGGUGGGACUGAUGUGGAUCCGGCUGGGAACCAGGAAUCCACGGAGCACAGUGACUGCCAAGAUGGAGCUACUGGGAGUCAGUCUGGUACAGGGGAUUCUGCUUAUGUGCUUCUGGGUCCUGGCCCUUCCCCUGAGACCCCCAGCCCCCUCAGUGAUGCCCACCCCCGGCCCCAGUCUUCCACUAUUGGAGCUCACACUCAGGGCGUGCGCCGGGACCUCCCCCCAGCCUCAGCCUCCCUCUCCGUCCCCAUCCCACUCCUCCUGGCCUGUGCUGCCGCAGCCUUCGCUCUGGGCGCCUCGGUCUCUGGCCUCCUGGUCUCCUGCGCGUGCCGCCGAGCCCACCGACGUCGGAGCAAGGACGUCGAGACUCCGGGGCUCCCGCGCCCUCUCUCCCUUCGCAGCUUGGCCCGGCUGCACGGUGCGGGCCCGGAGCCGCCGCAGUCCAAGGACGGAGACGGGGCGCAGCCGCCCCAGCUCUACACCACCUUCCUGCCUCCCCCCGAGGGCGUGGCCCCGCCGGAGCUGGCCUGCCUGCCCACGCCGGAGUCCACGCCCGAGCUGCCGGCCAAGCACCUCCGCCACGCCGGGGGCCCCUGGGAGUGGAACCAGAACGGGAACAAUGCCAAGGAGGGCCAGGGCCGCGCGCGGGGCGGGAACGCGGCGGGCGGCCCCGCGCCCCGCGUGCUGGUGAGGCCGCCGCCGCCCGGCUGUCCCGGGCAGGCGGUGGAGGUCACCACCCUGGAAGAACUGCUGCGCUACCUGCACGGUCCGCAGCCACCCAGGAAGGGGGCCGAGCCCCUGGCCGCGGCCGCGUUUACCUCGCGGGCGCUCCCGCCGGAACCCAGCCCCACCCCCACCCUGUUCGCGGGCCCCAGCCUCCUGCCCCGGGAAUGUGGCCCGCCGUUGAGGCUGGACGUGCCCCCCGCGGGCAAGUGCGCGGCCCCCUCCACGCGGCCCGCCCUCUCCGCCCCCGCUCCCCGGCUAGGGGUCGGAGGCGGCCGCAGAACGCCCUUCCCCACGCAUCGUGACCCCCCGGCCCUGCUCACUCGGGUCCCCUCGGGGGGUCCCUCCAGGUACUGUGGGGGGCCUGGGAGACAUCUUCUGUACCUGGGCCGGCCGGAGGGCUAUCGGGGCCGCGCCCUAAAGAGGGUGGACGUCGAGAAGCCGCAGCUGCCCCCGAAGCCGCCCCUCGUCGCGCCCUCCCCCCCGCCGGCCGUCCCCAACGGCAGCCAUUUUCACUUUUAAAGGGAGCUGCGCUGCGUCCUCCAGUUGGGCUCCUGAGGCCCGCGGCCUCCAAGGCCAAGAGCAUGGACGCGUCUCCAAGGACAGAACCCCUCCCUCUCUCCGCGUUCCACACCUCCAGCCUUUCUGGACUCUGAGAGUCUCCCGGGGUCUCAGCCCGCCUUGGGUUUAUUUAUUGACUGUCUUUCCCCCUGUCCUCGAGAGAGGAGUGGGAGGUGAGAGGCUCGCCCCCUCAGUGAGCCAGCUUUUCGGGGGGAACUGGCGCACUUCUACUUCCCCCUCCCUCAGCCAAGCUGCCUUAACUCGCCCCUUCGGGCUUCCUCCAUAGACUGAGACGCGGACGGGCCGCAGGACGGAUGGACGGACCGACGGGGCUGGGGCCGCGCGCGCGCUGUGUACGGAGUCCUCGGGCCUCCCGGGACGUGCCUCCUCCUACUGUGUAGGAGCCUCCGCUUCCCAAUACAGCUUUUUGUCCCCGA